AUGGCAACUCAAGACUCUGAACCAUUACACUGGCGCUACACAGAACUUGAUGACAGGAACUUCGAGGUUCAUGGCCGUAGUCUCGUCUUCAUACUAAUCCUCUUUGCUGUUCUCAUCCUCAUCACUUUGUUAUGCAUUUACGCGAGAUGGACAUGUGGAUAUGGUCAGAUCUCUUCUAGUACUCCUUCACCUCUUGCCACCACCGAUACUGGAAACGCAACCACAGCGGUGCAGAACCAACGGUCUAAUUCCGCAGGAUUGGAUAGAGUUACCAUAGACAGAUUGCCUAUCAUCCUACAUAAGGCAUCGGAGUCGUCUCCGUGUAAUGGUGAAGCAGAGGGUGAGCAGUGCUCAAUAUGCCUUACUAUGUUCGAAGAUGAAGAGAAGAUUAAGAUUUUACCUAACUGUAAACAUUGUUAUCAUCCUGAAUGUGUAGAUGCAUGGCUCAUAACUCAUUCUAGUUGUCCGCUUUGCCGAUCUUCACUCGAACAACUUCUUGAUAGUGAUCUUCCAUGA